UGAUGGCCGAAACUAAUAUAUAUUUAUGAAGGUCGGAAACCUUUGCUUCUUCGGUUUUCUCUGUGGGCCGGGCCUACAAAUGUAUUAUGAGUUUUAUUUUUAAAUGAGGUUCAUCACGUUAUAUGAAAAAAAAUAAUUAUAGUUUUUCCAUAUUGUAAACUGUCUUCGUUUAACAUGAGUUAGGGUUCUUUUCAUUAUCUAUGCGUUCUAAUAACAGUUUUACGCCUUCAGCAAGUUGUGGGACCCACGUUCAAUUUAGUUUGGUGAUUUAUUUCUCACGUUCAAUUUAGUUUGGUGAUAACUACAAAUUCUGAUGCCUAAGAGGGUAUUUUUACUUAGAGGAAGCUUAGAAACAAGAGUUUCUGCAGAAGAGUUUGGUUUCUUGAAAGAGACAUGUGACAGAUACGGUGAACACGGUCCAGUGCUACAUUCCAGGUGUAUCGAUUGUUUCAAAACGUUACCUAUGGCAUAUGUACUAUCAGAUGGUGUCUACACAACUCAUGAAGGCCUCUUUCAAAGCUCCUCUCGGGUCCAUGAAGAUAGCACUUUAUUGUUGGGUUCAUUAGAAGAACUUGACAAGGUUGACAUGAGACAAGUUGGUGAGAAUGAUGAUGGGAAUAUAACUCUUAACCAUGUUUUAUGGUCGUGUCUGUGGAUGGCUGAUGGUCUGAGCGAAAGUAAUUAUAAGGGACUUCUUUAGGGAGCUGAUUGCACUGAGAGUUUUCUAAAACAAUCGAACUUAAAAGAUGAUUAUAAGAUCACAUGAAGGCCCUGAUGCAAGAUCAAAUCGAGAAUACAUAGGAAACAUGCUAUGCGGAUACUCAGUAGAUCAUGGAGUAGAAUCUGGAGAGCUUUAUACAAUCUUCAGUGCUUCACUACUCUCACAAGUCACUUCCCUUAAACAAAGAGAAUCCAAAUGCAACCUGUUCUACUGCUUUUCUAACUGUCUAUAUUCACUCUACAUCUUCCACAUGAAUUGUUAUUAUUACUCUUCUUAACUACUACUAAAAAUGAAUACUUUCUCAACAGAUUCUCUUUUCUACUGUUUCAGCUAUCAUCGUCUGACUACUAUAAAUGUGUGGCUUACAACGCCUGCAGCCCUCAUAACAAUUCCCUAAACAGAUCUGUAUUCUCAUUUGCUUUUCCUCACUGUAUUUUUUUUUAAAUUCCUUCCUUACUAUUUUCAACUCGAGGUUGAGAAACUUCUGUUUCUUGAGAUCAAAACCAGCAAUGUGCUUAUUGGCAUGGUUAAUACUGGAGCUGUAAGGUGCACUGUCUAUGGUAAGAUUUAUGAUUAAUUUCUUGCUAUAUUUUAAUAUUUGUAAAUCAUGAAAAGUGACAGUUAAAAUAUUUUUUUUUCCUUCUGCUGUUUUAUUGGAAUCAUUAUGACAAGCAUCAUGUGAUAAUGCAGAUGAAUCUUACCAAAUGGAGAAAAUAUUGGAUUUUUUCGGCAAGAACAUGUUUUCGUUGAUCCAAAAUUUGACCGAAAGCAAUAUUGUUUGGAUUACUCUAGCACUCUUAAGCUUCCGGUUAGAAUUUUUUUGGUCGUAGUUCGUAUGUAUUUCCUGUUUCGAUUAUAUAAUUUCUCUGAUCAUGGUGAAUGAUUAACUUUUUCUCAUCUAAUGAUAAUAAAGCUACAAGCAAUUGUGACUACAACACCAUCCUCACUUGCAAGGACCUCAACAUCACUUUUUGACGAUUACUUUGUAGCGAAGGAUCUCAAUCUCAAGCCUUUGGUUCAGAACCCACCUCAAGCUAAGAAGUACAAAAAUUUCAUGGAAAAUUGCUAGAGGGGAACAACCUUGACUUUCAUUACGUAAAGCAACACUUCCAUCAACGACCCCGCGCUUGCGCGGGGUAUACGCACCUAGUAAAAAGAAAUGGCUCAGUAGGCAUGUUUGGUCCUUACUCCUUAAUCUUCCUCUUUAAUGGGUUUCCAUCGCUUAGGACUCAUCUGAGAAACAGAGUGAUCCUUUGGGUUUCCAUAAGCAAUCGGAAGAGCGAUCAUCAGAAUCUUAUGAUCCGCCAUGGCUUCGUCGGCGCUCUCUAAUCUGAUGCUCGCCAUUAACGAGAAGAAGACAAACUCACUCGAUCACUACCGUCCUCUCCUCUCUGCAACUACAUUGCUUUCACUUACUCCGAGCGCGAAGCACAGCUUCUAGAAGAUGAUCUAGAAACCCUAAAAGAGCCUCCGCUCCGAUAUACAACGCGUCACCGAUCUGUCUCUCUCCGCCCGGAGAGAACUUCUCAUCUCAUAUUACAAAGCUCUCUGCCUUGUGGAGACACGAUUCCCAAUAUCUCCUAAGAAACAUCACUUCAACGCCGUAUCUUUUCCAAUGGUAUACAUGAUGCCUUCAAGCAAAAGUAAAAAGCCACUCAGGAGAACAUUAAAUUUGAGAAAGCAGCCUUUCUCUCAAUACCACAUACCAAUAGUUGGUUGGCUUCUACUCAGUUUAUCUGUUUGAUUUCAGCCAUGUUUGAUUUUUAUGUAUUUUAAUUUUACUGGAACAAGAUUAAGAGAUGAAAAACAUUUGACUUUGGUUUAGAUACUGAGACCUUAGAUAAGACUUUUGUAUCUUUAAUUUUUGAGUUAUUUGUUUCAGUAUCAUAAUAUAGAGCUUGAUCAUCAAUAUCCUCAUAGAAAUUUUGGGAAGAUGUAACAAUAUAAAUGUUUCAAGUCAUCAUCAGCUUCAAACCCAAAACUUAACAGACACAAAGCAGAGAGGUGAGAAUUUGAUUUAUCUGUAUUUGAUGUCCCUAUCCCAACUGAGUUUUUAGGUUGUUGUCUCUUUAUUAGAACAACUACUACCGAUUUCCAAACUAGCCACUUUACAACUACGCAGGGACACGUCUGUGUGUCUAAGUGUGUUUGGGGGCCUUGUCGGACUCCUUCACCAGAAAUUGGAACCGACUCGGAUUCUUUAUAUGAGUCUUCGGGUAAGGAUACGGUUGUAGCGAAGGAAGGUGAAUUUUCCGAGGUAAGAAGAGGCUCUAAUACUGCCGUGGAAGAGAAAAAGAAUUUUUUUCUGGUUCAGACAACUAGGCAAGUUAAGUAGAGUAGAGCUUGAGUGUAAAACAAAGAGAGAUUUGAGGGUUGAUUUUGUUGUGUGUUUGUUUUGGAAAAGCAGGUGGUUGUUCUUAAAGUGUCUCUUCACUGUCACUGUCGAGGAUGUGAAGGCAAAGUGAAGAAACAUCUAUCUAGAAUGCAAGGUCAAUCUAUUCUUAUCGACAACUCUCUUACAGAGUUUUUCCUUUCUAAGGUUUUUCUUCUCAUACAUUUACGAUAUUCAAAAAUGUGUUUUUUUUGUCUUCUAGCUGUCUCAUAAGAAGCUCAAGUCUGAUACAAGAAUGCACAGUCGCUGGUGAUAUUGGCAAAUUCGUUCAGAUAUGACAACGAGAAGGUUGACACAUAGUAGGUACAAUAGUCAAUAGAAAUGGGUAUGGUACAUGAUGCUAGAAAAAGAAGCAAUUAGAUCAUGAUCAUGUUCUGUACAUAUUAGGAAUUCAUAGUAUCUAUUAGCUCAGAGAAACCUCUGUUGCUUACAAUCUUAAUAAAAUCUUAAGCUCAACUUUCAUUGACAUUUGUUUGUUUUUCUUUCCUCGAUGCUUCAUGUUGUCAUUUAGAUAGUACUUUUCUAUAUUUUUCAAAUUUCUUUGCAUUUUAGAAAAGUACAAGAGUUAUGAAUUUAUGAUCAAGAGAGAUACCUGAGAAUCAUCUUUAGUUGACAAUAUACAUUUGAAUUAUAAUUGUACCAAUAAAUUAUAUAUGUUAGUUUAGUCACUAUAGAUAGGAAUUGGGGAUGACCACCAUUUCAGAUUGCCCCUCAUCAAAAUAUACAUACAAAAUAGAGUAAAUGCAUUCAAAAGAGAGACCUUGGAAUACAGUAGUUGUAAGAAAGAAUAACAUAGAAGUUGUAAUGUACUUCGUGCUAUUUUUCUUUGAUGGCUUUAUGUCAAUUAAGAAGAAUAAUGAGAUGAAGACAGUUAAACAUCACAAUAGGAGAAAAUGGUGAAUCAUGCUCGAGCCCAGUGUCUAUUUUUAUAAUUGUACCAAACAAAUGUUGUACAUCAAAGAUUAGGCAGAUUCCAUUCAUUUUUUUUUAUCAAAGACAAAUGCCAAUCUAAACAGCCCUUAUAUGCUUAAAUUUAGUUUUACAAUGAAAGAAGCCAGUUUUUAUCAAUACAAAAUUCAGUAUCAGUAAUACAUUACAAAUUUAUAAUUUGAUUAUAAAAGUAAAUUCAGCUAAACCCGAACUUAAUAUAUGUAUUAUUCCAACAAAAUAACGCAGUCAAACACAUGAACAACAAUAAUAUUCAGAAACAACUUAUGAGCUACAUAAAGGCGGCAAGAUCACCACCAACAUUUUUCUUACGUUUUCUUACGAAUUGGCCUUACAGACCCAAUAUCGGUACGACCUGUAAAUUUUAUCUUUAUAGAAAAAUGUUUGCUACAUUUUCGGCAAUUAAAGCCCAACAACCACUUACACUUACCGUAUCCAAUUUUCACACAAAUUACGGCCAAUUACAAAUUACAAAGAAGUAACACAAAUAUCUACCAAAUUUGAGAAUAUAAACAUUAUUUGAAAAUAAAUACACCAUCAAAUAAAUCCAACAAUGUACACUACUCUGCCUACACAACAAAUACACAACACCAACCACAAAAAAGUAGCACAGUUCAUCACUCCACCUCAACCAUAUUACAUUACAAAUCUUGAAGAAUCACCAACUUCACAAACAUCUCCCCAGAUUUAGAUAGAGUAAAAACAACAUCCACGACCCCGUGCUUGCGCAAGACUACGCCCCUAGUAUAUAUAAUAAUAUAAUUAACGUAGAAGUAUUAACACGACAAUUAAAUUGGUAAGUCAUUUUUCAUGCGCUAUUUCAUUAUCUCAAUACAAACAGAUGAAAUAUAAUAUAUAUGAUGAAAAAUUAAAUGAAAAGUUGAGAACCCAAAGAACAAUGCCGUAAGUUUUAGUAGAAGUAUAAAUUUUAGAAAUAUAUUUCAGUAAACAAACAAUUAUAAAACAUUAAGCAAAUUCUUGUUUUUCAACACUUCAAUUUGAGUUAUCGUGCUAUAUAUUAAGGGAACCUUUAGUUUGGUUUAGUUUAGUUUUGUUUGGUUUUCUCCAUUUAGUUUGGUUUUCUCCAUUUAUACUUCAUGGUGAAAGUUCUUUGUGAAAUAUAUUAAGGGAACCUUUAAAAGUUCCUUGGUGUAUCAUUUGGCUGAGUCUGGGUAUGAGCAAUCAAGAAAUGUACUGUAAUAGCUAUUGGUAGUGUUGAAGUAGGUCUUAGAACCGAAGAUGUGGUUACAUGUAGUUCUUGACUUGGAUGAGACGUUAGUGUGUGCAUAUGAGACCUCUAGACGUUAGACAACCUUUAUGACAUGGCAGACUAUUUUUUAGAACUAAUGAAACUAAAGUAUUUGAUUAUAGAAGAACCAAAAAAAUUUAGAAUAAUGAUAUAUUUACUUUAGUAUCAAUGAUUAAAAUAAUUUUAGCUUUGAUUAUUUUAAUUUAUUCACAAAACUAUAUUCUACCCCAUAAAUCCUAAAAAAAAAUCAAUAUACUUUGUAUUAUAAGUCACUGAAGAUUUGUAUCAUUUUUACCUUUUUAUUAAGUACCGUAAUUUCAUCUUCAACUUUUGAUCAAAAUACGGUGGAUAACGCCGAAUAUACAAAAUAGAGUACUUUGUAUAUACAAAAUCGUGUACAUUUUAUAUGAACAAAUUUCAUUCCUAAAUAUAAGCAACAUACAUUUUUUGUGGUCUACAGUGAACUAUUUUAAGCUCUUUUUUUUUUGAAACUACUAGCAAUAACCAACAUUAUGCGAACAUAAUAAUGUAUUCAUUUUUCUUUUGAUAGAGAGGUCAUUUUAUAAUAAUAACCAUAUUUUAUAAUAUACGAUUAAAAAGUAUUUAAUAUCUUAAUCUUAUGCUUAGUUCAUAAAUUGUUAUAUCAUAUAGUCUCCAAAAAUACAAUGAGUAUCUUAUUAAAAUAAAAGAAUACGAUUUUUUGAAUUACUAAUAUGCAUUAUAAUACGGUUGAGAAUGUAGUUUCUAUUGAAAUACUUUUUCAGUUUCAAACACUGAAUAUAUUUAAAAUGUAUUUGUUUCGACUAAAAACAUAAUCUACUUUUUAUAAAUUUAAGAUCAAUAGCUAAACAUUCACAAUUAUGUUUGUUAUUACAAGAAAAUAAAAUUCAUAUAAAAUUUAAAUAUUUAAACUAAAAGUAUCAUUUAUAGCACAAGUAAAUAUUCUCUAUGCCGUCCAAAAUUAUAAUCUAUUGAAUAAUAACAAAUAAAUGAUUGACACAAAUUUAUGAAAAACAUUAUUAUAUAACUCUUAUAAAUUCUAUACUUUAUAAUAAAAACUUAAAAAAUUUAUAAAAACUUUUGACCAAAAUUUUUUUUUAUAAAAGCUAUCAAUUUAAUCAACAAAGGAAUAAUCUCGUGCUUUGAAAGCGCAAAUCAAAAUCUAGUAAAACUAUAAAACAAGUUUUAUUAUGAUUAUUAUUUUUGGGUUAAAACAAGUUUAAGUUUGGACCCUAGUAAAAAGGAAGAUCCACCAAAAAAGGAGCCAAAGAACAAGACCUUGCCUUUGUCGUUGAAUCUAAUCCAAUUUCCCAUAUCUGAAACCUAUCUGUCACAUUUUUUAAUAACUGAAUAUACUACAAAACACAAAAGUUUCCGUUUGUGUUUUUCUCAGAUUUAAAACAUAAGAAAACGUAUAGAUUACGCAAGUGAUUAUGAGUCACAAAGUCUCCAAGAAGUUAGACGAAGAGCAAAUCAAUGAGCUCCGGGAGAUUUUCCGUUCAUUCGACCGGAACAAAGACGGAAGCUUAACACAGCUCGAGCUCGGAUCACUUCUCCGAGCACUCGGGCUUAAACCGAGUCCAGACCAAUUUGAGACACUGAUCGACAAAGCUGACACUAAAAGUAACGGACUCGUGGAGUUCCCAGAGUUCGUGUCUUUGGUCUCGCCGGAGCUUCUUACAGAAGAGAAAACGAGGACUCCUUACACGGAGGAGCAGCUUCUCCGGUUGUUCAGGAUAUUCGAUACUGAUGGUAAUGGGUUUAUCACUGCGAAGGAGUUGGCUCAUUCCAUGGCUAGGCUUGGCCAUGCCUUGACGGUGGCGGAAUUAACAGGGAUGAUUAAGGAGGCUGAUAGCGACGGAGACGGCCGGAUUAAUUUUCAGGAGUUCUCUAAGGCCAUUAAUUCUGCCGCAUUUGAUGAUUUGUGGGGUUGAAAUUUCUUCACCGUGGCUCUUCCCUGAUUUGUCAUUUACUAUUUUUAGUUUCUAUGAACACUAAUCUACAAAAAAAAAUUAUGUACUUCGCAUCAAAAUAAUACUUAAGUCGAAAGUCCGGUUCGAUCUGGGAAUUUUUUGGAAACGGUAUGCUUACUUACAUGCGCACCAGUAUAAAGUGGAGACUGUGUCUGUGUCUUAGCCUUAGGCACAUCUAUCAUUAACAUGCACGCCAAUUGUGGAGGCCAAAGAUAUGCUGCUUGGCUUUGUACUUACGGUCUCACAGAAAAGUAAACAACAUAAACCCCUAAAAAGGCACCGUAAAGAGUGUUCUCAGCUCCUAUUAUCAGCUUGGUUUACUGGGUAACUAAGUCCUA